AUGGAGCUCGAGGCCGUGAGUAGGUACACCAGCCCGGUGACCCCGGCUGUCUUCCCACAGCUGCCUGUGGUACUUCCGGUCAUCGACGUGUUCUUUACCGCCUGGUUCUUCGUUUACGAGGUCACCUCCACCAAGUGCACAGGCGACAUCUACAGAGAGCUCCUCAUCUCCUUGGUGGCCUCUCUCUUCAUGGGCUUUGGAGUCCUGUUCCCCCUGCUCUGGGUCGACAUCCAUUUAUGA